AUGGAAAGGAGAGGACAACCCUUCACCGCCUUAUUGUUCUUGGCUGAUAUUUUUGGCUUUGGGGCGGCGACUAUACCUAUAUAUGUAUAUAUGCAACCCCAUCACCUCUCAGCGGCCAUUAUUCACCAAUUAUACACUCCACAAAAAUCCCACUGGGAUUUCCUCUCUAAUCUGCUCCAAAAUCCCAAGAAACUAAUUCAAGAACAUAUUUUGAUGAUGGAUCAUGAAGAUUAUAAAAGCCUAUUUUCUUCUUCUUCUUCUUCUGGGGAGUCUGAUAUUUCUACACCGCCUACUACGAUGCCAUUUUCUUCAUCAGAAUCCUUCCCUUUGCCUUUAUCAGUGGUACCUCCAUUUCCUAAACCACAAGAGCCCCCACCUUUAAAAAACUCUGAUCCUUUUCCACCCCAAUUUGAAUUCAAAGGCGUUCCAAUUGGAGAAACCGCAGCUCCGAAUAGUGUAGGUGGUUCUGGGGAUUUAUUCGGUAUGCCACAGCCUAUGGAGUGCUUGCAUGAGACCGCAAUUCCUCCAUUCUUGUCAAAGAGUUUCGAUUUGGUGGAUGAUCCUUCAUUGGAUUCUAUAAUUUCUUGGGGAGCAAAGGGCAACAGCUUUGUUGUGUGGGAUCCUGUGGAAUUUGCUAGGAUUAUUUUGCCAAGGAAUUUCAAGCACAACAAUUUUUCAAGUUUUGUUCGGCAACUUAAUACAUAUGGAUUUCGUAAAAUUGAUACUGACAAGUGGGAGUUCGCCAAUGAAGGAUUUUUAAGAGGGAAGAGACAUUUAGUGAAAACAAUCCAGAGACGAAGAAAACCUCAGUCUCUGCAGAUUGGAAGCUUGUCUGGAUCAUCUAGUGAGGCAGGGAAAGCUGCAUUGGAAGGUGAAUUAGAACAUUUAAGGAAAGAGAAAAGCUCAAUGAUGCAGGUAGUGGUUGAAAUGCAGCAUCAACAGCGAGAUACAUUUCAGCACAUGGAAACUGUUAAUGAAAAGCUCCAGGAAGCAGAGAAGAGGCAGAAACAAAUGGUUUCGUUCUUGGCUAAAAUGUUUCAGAAUCCAGCCUUUCUAGCUCAUAUUCAGCGAAAGGAGCGAAAUGGCAUAACUUCUCCGAGAAGAAAAUUUUUAAAACAUCGACAUGAGUCAGGUACACCUGACUCAUCCCUCGAGGGGAAGACUGCGAAGUGUAGACCCAAACUAAAAGAUUUUGCCGUGGCUUCUGAACCUUUGGAGUUCAAUCCCGUUCCUGAUUAUCCUUUACAAAAUACGGGAGAAAACCUUGCUUUUGAUGAAGAGUGCGUUCCGUUUCAGGUUGAAAAUACUGAUCACGAUGAAUUGGCGCUGAUAACCCAGGAACAGACAGGACUUCCAAGUCUGAACACUCUAAAUCAGUUUAAAAUAGGAAAGAAUGUAAUGAAUCCUGAGCAGCAAGUCACUCCCGAGUAUGAAAUCUCUUUCCCUGAGGACUUGGCUAGGGAGAAGAAUUUUCUUGAAAUAUCGUCACCAGGAAUUGAAAGUAUGGUCAAAGAAGAGGUCAAAUGGAACUUAGGCUUUGAAGCCAGUGAUGAUAUAUCUAGUUAUACAAACGAGUUAUGGGGUAACCUUAGCAAUUAUGAGAUGCUGGAAUUAGGUGUUAGCAGCGGCAUAUCUGACAUUUGGGAUAUAGGUUCACCGCAGCCCUGGGGAAUUUCAGGCAUUGAGACGUGGCCAGACGAACACUCGCCAUGA